CCACUGUACAGCCCAAUCAUCUUUCUUUGUGCCUAAGCAAAAACACCAACAAAACUCUCUCUACAGUUAGAUCCAACCCAAAUUCUUCAUUUAUUCAACAAUGAGUUACUACAAUCAACAACAACCCCCUGUUGGUGUACCACCACCACAAGGAUAUCCACCAGAAGGUUACCCUAAAGAUGCAUACCCACCACCAGGGUACCCACAACAGGGUUACCCUCAACAAGGUUACCCACCUCAAGGGUACCCUCCUCAGUAUGCACCUCAGUAUGGUGCUCCACCGCCUCAUCAGCAACAACAACAAUCUGGUGGCACUGGUUUCAUGGAAGGAUGUUUGGCUGCUCUGUGCUGUUGCUGUCUCUUGGAUGCAUGCUUUUGAUGCUGUAAAUGACCUGUGCAAGUGUUGAUGGCACCAAUUCUAUCAUAGUCUAGACUUUUUCUUUCUGUGUUGUCCUGCCCUGGCCUUGAUAAAUAAUAUGAUCUUAAAUAUGACGAUGCACCUUGUUAUGGUGGAGAAUUCAAGUGUGUAUUUGCCAAUUUAUACCUUAUUGUGCAAUGCGAGAGAUUCUAUUUUUUAUA